AUGAUUAAUCAAACAACAGCAAAUAUAUCAUGGAUAUAUCCACUUGAUACAAAUAAUCCUGAUGAUAUCUCAUUACUUGGUGGUAUGAUAAAAGGUUUUUAUGUUAUCGUUUUUGCACCUUUAUCAAUGCAACCACCUAUUGUACAUCGUAAUUAUGAAGGUACUAUUGGUACACAAUAUUGGGAUAUUGUUGGUAAUUUAACGCCUGGUACAACAUAUCAUGCACAAGUGAAAGCAUUUACAAAAAAAGGCGAUGGAAAACCAAGUGUACCAUUUAUAUUUACUGUACCAAAGGAAGAUUUUCGACAAUUAACACCAAGUAAUCUAACAGCAUAUAUUGUCAAUGCUCAUACAUUAAGUGUGACUUGGGAUUUACCAGCCAAUGUCAAUGCUAUAGAUAAAAUUUAUAUAACUAUUAUUGAACUUGGUCAAAAAAAUCGAACGAUUCAAACGCAAUCAUUUGAUAAUACAAUUAAAAAACUAGAUAUACAAAUUGAUGCCAAGGAUCCAUUUAGUGUUCAUCCAAAUCGAACUUUACAUUUUUCUGCACGAUGUUCUGAUCGUAAUGGACAAAAUUCAUCAACUAUUGAAUACCAGUUUCAUGUUAAUAUGAAUAAUCCAGCACCACGUGAUGUUCGUGUUGUACGUGUAAAUGACUCAACUAUUCAAGUAUUUUGGUCACCAAUAUACCAUCCAUCUGUUGCACGAUAUAUUGUUCAUUAUAAUGAUAAAGCUGAAAGUAAACCUGAAAAUACAUGGCCACUAUUUUCACCACCAAAUCCUGCUGCAACAUCUGCAAUCAUAAGUGGUUUAAAACCAGAUGCGAUGUAUAAUGUUCGUGUUAAUGCAGAAUUUUCGUCAUUAAAUAGUCAUGAUCCACUACAGACAUCGGGGACAAGUCCUCGUGAAGGAGAUUUAUCUGAAAUUCAAGUUGCUGAUAUAUAUCGUCGUUCAAAAGAUAUUAUUCAUUAUGAUGAACAAUUAAGUCGACCAUAUAAUCUAACUUAUGUUGAUCUUACAUCUAAUAGUGUUAAACUAUUAUUUCUAUUUAAUGAAACAAAUCUUGAUCAUCGUCGACAAAUACAAAAACUUGAAGUACAUUAUGAAGGUAUUCAAAAUUAUGUCGAUGGUUUAGGUACAACACGUAGUACAUCACAUCAUAAUUUAGCUGGUCUUAUAUCAAUACCUCCUACUCAAGGUUCACGUGAAUGGCUUGUUACAGGUUUAGUUCCAAAUACUCAAUAUACAUUUAAUUUAAGUGGAACAAUAUCAUCACCAGAUCAUGCAUCUAUUAAAAUUUAUAGUCGACCAGCUACAAUACGUUUUUCAACUGAUUAUGAUGCACCACCUUAUGUUGAUCGACCUGAACAAGAUCGAAAAAAUUUUCUCAAAACAAAUAGUUUAUCAUCGAGUCCACAAGUUUAUUUACGUCUUCAUCGUGCAUCAACAAAAAAUGGACCAAUUGAUCGAUAUUAUAUUGUUGUUCAUCGUAUUGAACAUAUUUCUUAUCAACAAUAUGUACCACAAGAGGGUCAUCGAGAAUGUUGUUAUACUGCUGCUGUAUUUAAUGAAUCACAAUUACCAGAUGUAUUUGUAUUAGGUGAUGGUAAAGAAACACGUGAUUGGGAACCAUUUCCUGGUCGAGUUUAUAAUAAUUCUCCCAUCUCACAUCCAUUAAAAGUUAAAUUAGUUUCAUGGGGUUUUAAUCGUAAAAAAGAAAAUUUAACAACAUCAAGUUCAACAAUACAAAUAAAUUUAUUACCCAAAUUAGUUUCAACACAAAGUCCUGAUACAUUUUAUAAUUUAUUAUGGAUAUUUGGAAUAAUUGUUUUAAUUUUUUUAAUUCUUCUUCUUAUUAUUAUAUUUAUAUUAAAAUAUAGUCGAACAAAAAAGAAACCAUUAACACCACCACCUGAAUGUGUACCAUUUGAUUUAACACCCAAAGUUUUAACAAUGGAAAUGCAAAUUCCUAUUUUACCCCCGACAAUAUCACCAGCAUCAUCAAAUGAACCUGUCGAAUUACGACGAACACAAACAUCAAAUACAUAUACUGCUAUUAAUAAAGAAGUAACUUUAACAACAAAUCAUCCUCCUAUACAUAUUGAAGAAUUUUCUGAACAUCUUGAACGUUUAAAAGCAACUGAUAAUUAUAAAUUUUCUCAAGAAUAUGAAUCAAUUGAUCCUGGUCAACAAUUUUCUUGGGAAAAUUCUAAAUUAGAAUAUAAUAAACCGAAAAAUCGUUAUGCAAAUGUUAUUGCAUAUGAUCAUUCUCGUGUUAUUUUACAUACAAUUGAUGGUAUAUCAGGAAGUGAUUAUAUCAAUGCAAAUUAUUUAGAUGGAUAUAGAAAACAAAAUGCAUAUAUUGCAACACAAGGUCCAUUACCAAAUACAUUUGCUGAUUUUUGGAGAAUGAUUUGGGAAACAAACUCAGCUUGUAUUGUUAUGAUGACAAAAUUAGAAGAAAGAAAUCGAUUAAAAUGUGAUCAAUAUUGGCCAUCGCGAGGAACAGAAGUCUAUGGAUCAAUUCAAGUUACUUUAACAGAUUUUAUUGAACUUUCAUCUUAUAGUAUUCGAACAUUUACUAUAGCAUGGACUGGUCAUCCAGAAAAACGAGAAAUUCGACAUUGUCAAUUUACAGCAUGGCCAGAUCAUGGCAUACUGGAACAUGCAACAUCAUUUUUAAUGUUUGUUCGAAGAGUAAAAGUUCUAAAUCCAUCAGAUGCUGGACCAAUAAUUGUACAUUGUUCUGCUGGUGUUGGUCGUACUGGUUGUUUUAUUGUUGUUGAUGCUUUAUUAGAAAGAUUAAAACAUGAAAAAACUAUUGAUAUUUAUGGACAUGUCACUUUGUUAAGAGCACAACGAAAUUAUAUUGUUCAAACUGAAGAACAAUAUAUAUUUAUAUAUGAAGCCAUUAAUGAAGCUAUUCAAUCAGGACAAACUGAAGUUUUAGCAAGGAAUUUAUUAGCACAUCUACAACGAUUAUUACAACCAAUAAAUGAUAGUUCAUUAACAGAAAUGGAACUUGAAUUUAAACGUUUGGCGAAUAUUAAAGCUCAACCUUCAAAAUUUUUAAGUGCAAAUAAUCCAGCUAAUAAAUUUAAAAAUCGUCUUGUAAAUAUUUUACCUUAUGAAAAUACUCGAGUAUGUUUAUCACCUAUUCGUGGUGUUGACGGAUCAGAUUAUAUCAAUGCAUCAUAUAUUGAUGGUUAUCGUUUUAAAAAUGGUUAUAUUGCAACUCAAGGACCAUUAAAUGAAACAAUCGAUGAUUUUUGGCGAAUGGUUUGGGAACAUAAUGUAACCAUUAUUGUUAUGCUGACUAAAUUAAAAGAAAUGGGUAGAGAAAAAUGUGUACAAUAUUGGCCAACAGAUCGAUCAACACGUUAUGGAUAUUUUAUUGUUGAUCCAGUUGGUGCUUAUAAUAUGCCACAAUAUUUAUUAAGUGAAUUUAAAGUAACAGAUUCAAGAGAUGGACAAUCUCGAACUGUUCGUCAUUUUCUAUAUACAGAAUGGCCUGAACAAGGUGUACCAAAAGUUGGUGAAGGUUUUAUUGAUUUUAUUGGACAAGUACAUAAAACUAAAGAAGGUUUUGGUCAAGAAGGACCCAUUGUUGUACAUUGUUCAGCUGGUGCCGGACGAACAGGUGUAUUUCUUACAUUAAGUAUUGUACUUGAAAGAAUACGCUAUGAAGGUGUUGUUGAUGUAUUUCAAACGGUGAAAUUAUUACGUACACAACGUCCAGCACUUGUUCAAACAGAAGAUCAAUAUCAAUUUUGUUAUCGUUCAGCUCUUGAAUAUUUGGGUUCAUUUGAUAAUUUUGUAUCUUCUUGA